GGGCGGCAGGCCGGGGAAGGGCGGCCGCGGGGUCAUCGGUUCUGGGGACCAGUCAUUCCCGGCGCAUCCCACCCUCCGCUCCACGGCACAGCGCGGCAUCGAGAACCGCCACUCUCAGUGCUCGGACCUCCGCGGCGGGCCUUCCCGGGGCGCGCGACUGGGGACCCCAGGAGACCCGGAGGGGUGUGAGCGCGCGUGGUGGGCCCGAUCGCUGCCGCACCUCCUUCAUCCGCCCUGCCCCGGGGCGCUGUCCAGCCCUGGGGGCGGCCUGGUUGUCGCCGUGGCCCUUGGAGUAGAGGGGAUCCGUGUUGCCGCCUCGGUGGACCUGCCACAGGCCUAGGCGGAGGAACGCGGAAAAGGGCCAUUGACCCCUAGGGUAAACGGGAAAAAUCACCACUCAGAAGGACUCCAGCAAAAGCAAGGUUUAUUGUAGAGGUAAACUCCAGGAUUGAGGCGAAUCCAUCAGCUUUCAGGCUGCUGGCUGGAGGUGGAGCUCCCCUCCCCCUUAUAAGGCUUUGCUGCACUGGGGGAGGGUUGUUGCAGACCUGGACUCUUAACACUUACUGGGGCAGACACUUAGUAACCUGACCUGAUGUUGAAUAGCAGAGAUCUCCAACAGUCCUAAUGAGGGACCACAGAGGUUGACUUGUAGACAAGAAGCCUACUGUCCUCUUCUGACAUCCACAUAUCUUCUACACAUGACACUGGGGCAGCAGGCUUCCCUUUCCGCGAGGCUUGGAUGAGCGGUGUUCUGCCAGACAGCUCAGAACACAUUUGAAUGUGGUGCUGUCAGAUAACCAACUGGGUCUUCAAAGUCUGACCUGGAACAUGGCAGUGGAAUGAAGGUGUGAGCCUUCUAGGCAGUGUAUGGCAGAACCUUAAGCCAGUCUGUGUGAGCCCUGUUGUUUACACGACCGUGUUCCUUCCAUGCUUCUCAGCUGCUGUGGAUGGUUCUGGCUGUCUUGACCGUCCUCCCCGGUAGGAUGUCUCUGAGAUCCCUGAAAUGGAGCCUCCUGCUGCUGUCCCUCCUGAGUUUCCUGGUGAUGUGGUACCUCAGCCUUCCCCACUAUAAUGUGAUCGAGCGUGUGAACUGGAUGUACUUCUAUGAGUAUGAGCCCAUUUACCGACAACACUUCCAUUUCACGCUCCGAGAGCAUUCCAACUGCUCUCAUCAGAACCCGUUCCUGGUCAUCCUGGUGACCUCACGCCCCUCAGAUGUGAAAGCCAGACAAGCUGUUAGAGUGACGUGGGGUGAAAAAAAGUCUUGGUGGGGAUAUGAAGUGCUUACAUUUUUCUUACUAGGCCAAGAGGCCGAAAGGGAAGACAAAAUGUCAGCACUGUCAUUACAAGAUGAACACCUUCUUUAUGGAGACAUAAUUCGGCAAGAUUUUUUAGACACGUACAAUAACCUGACCCUGAAAACCAUAAUGGCAUUCAGGUGGGUAACUGAGUUUUGUCCCAAUGCCAAAUAUGUCAUGAAAACAGACACUGAUGUCUUCAUCAAUACUGGCAACUUGGUAAAGUAUCUUUUAAACUUAAACCACUCAGAGAAGUUUUUUACAGGUUAUCCUCUAAUUGAUAAUUAUUCCUAUAGAGGAUUUUACCAAAAAACCCAUAUCUCAUACCAAGAGUACCCCUUCAAGGUGUUUCCUCCCUACUGCAGUGGCUUGGGCUAUAUCAUGUCCCGAGACCUGGUGCCAAGGAUCUAUGAAAUGAUGAGUCAUGUGAAACCCAUCAAGUUUGAAGACGUUUAUGUUGGAAUCUGUUUGAAUCUGUUAAAAGUGGACAUUCAUAUUCCAGAAGACACAAACCUUUUCUUUUUGUAUAGAAUACACUUGGAUGUGUGUCAGCUCAGACGUGUGAUUGCAGCCCAUGGCUUCUCUUCCAAGGAAAUAAUUACAUUUUGGCAGGUUAUGCUAAGGAACACCACAUGCCAUUAUUAAGCUCACACUCCACCUAGGGAAGGAAAGAUGUUUUCUAGAAAGGGUCAGAGUCAGUGCCAUAGAAAACUCUGGAAGGUUCAGUGUGCUGGCUUGCCUUGAAUGGAAAUCUAAGGGGUGCCGUAGACCAGAGACUGAAGGGUUAUACCUUACUAGUGAUCUGUUUCCACAAAAUUCAACCUGGAUCCUUUAAGUAUGAUAGUCAGAGGAGUCAGACAUCUUAUAAAACGAAUGGGGGGGCUUGCUAAUUAAAUCAAAGGCCCGAAGAGUUUAAACAUUUAAUUCUAUAGACUAGAAUUUAAGGUUUUCCCUUAAGUCCAUAGCAAAGCUAUGUGGACUUUUGUUUAUUAGUCAGUCUAGUCACAUAAGGGUUCAGUGUGUAUCUUAGGUGAUUAUCAUUUUUUAAAUAUAUACAUAUACACGUGUAUAUACACGUGUAUAUGUAUAUAUUUCUUUGUUAAAAACUUCACUGAAGUUAUACUGAAGAAAAUUUCAUUUUGGGGGGUCAUUCAGAAGGUACUUAAAGAUGUAGUGUUUCAAUUAUUCAAUAUUAUUUAAUGCCAUUUCAGUUUUCUAAGUGUUUAAAUGUUGCAGUGUUUUCAAUAUUGUGUGAAUAGAACAGUGAAUCACUUUUUACAUUUGAGCUUUGUUGUAGUUACUCUACUGAUCAGUUUAUUACUGAAAAUCUUGUUAAUGUGACCUCAUAGGCUGUUACUGUCAGUAAUCUGUGGAACUUUGUUACAUAUUUUACUGUGGAAAUAUAGAGAAUUAAAGCAAGAAAAUCUGAGUUUCUGUCCUGUUUUCAAAAAUGCAAUUGCAUUUUUAGUUGUCACUUCGUCUGCCUCAUUUUUCUCCAUAGAACUGGAGAAUAAUAUACAAUAUUAUUUCCUUUCGGAAAGAUCUCUGAAGGCACAAAAGGCCAAAAUGGUAUUAAGAGAACAUAAUGCUGCAGUAUUUGAGCUGGAAAGAGGAGAUGGAAGGUCCAAGUUGCAUUGUUAAUCUACCCAAUGUAUUUUCUCCUUAACA